AAUUGAAAUGUAGAUUUUUAGGUUUUUACUUUCAGAAAUUUUCAAUGUAUGAUUAGAAGAAUUCUAGUGAAGGUUAAAGUUUCAGGGUUGCUCCGCCCUCUGAUACGCCUCCGUCAUGGAUACUGAGUUUGAGAAGAGGUUGGGGAAGAAGAUAUCAGGAUCAACGAUAAAUUAUUCACAAAUCUCACCACAGAAAAGAUGCACAGUUAUGUCACCUGUCACAUCGCCGCGAAUGCUAAAGAAGCAGUUGACCCCAGUGAACUCUCCACAGAAGGAGAAAUACGGGGAUAGAUUUAUACCGAGCAGAGCAGGGAAUAAUUGGCAGACUUCGUUCAGUCUUAUUCAGGAGAAAACCACAACAACUAAACGAGUAGGACGGGAUGGAGCUGAGGGAGCCAAGGAUAUGUCCCUCUCCAUGUACUCGUGUCUACUCAAGAACGAGGUCCUAGGAACACAAAUAGAGGACUUCAAGGAGACUUCGGACGAAAGACGAGCGUUUGCUCCGAUUACAGAGGACAAAAAUCUCUUCUCGUUUCGUCCUAAACGUCCGAGUGUAAUCAAUGAAUAUAGUUCCCCCUACUCCCUCUCACCCGUGUCUUCCAAAAGUCAGAAACUCCUGAAAUCUCCGAGAAAAGCGUCGCGAAAAAUUUCUAAAAUUCCGUUUAAAGUUCUGGACGCACCGGAGCUGCAGGACGAUUUCUACCUGAACCUGGUGGAUUGGAGUUCACAGAAUGUGCUCAGUGUAGGACUCGGAGCUUGUGUAUAUUUGUGGUCGGCCUGCACAUCUCAGGUAACUCGGUUGUGUGAUUUGACGACAGACAACGACACUGUUACCUCGGUGUCCUGGGCAGAGCGUGGGAAUCUAGUUGCUGUUGGAACACAUCGAGGAUAUGUUCAAAUCUGGGAUGUGACUGCUAACAAGAAACUAAAUGUAUUGGAGGGGCAUAGUGCAAGGGUUGGUGCUUUAGCCUGGAAUGGAGAUAUGUUGUCUAGUGGGAGCCGGGAUAGAUUAAUCCUACAACGGGAUAUUAGAACUCCAAGUUUAGCUCCUGAGCGUAGAUUGGCCGGCCAUAGACAAGAGGUUUGCGGGCUCAAGUGGUCACCAGAUAAUCAAUAUUUAGCCAGUGGUGGAAACGACAACAAAUUGUUUGUUUGGAAUUUAUCAAGUACAUCACCCAUGCAGACUUAUACAGAUCAUCUAGCAGCUGUCAAGGCAAUAGCUUGGUCCCCUCACCAUCACGGUUUGCUGGCUAGUGGCGGAGGUACAGCUGAUCGUUGUAUCAGGUUCUGGAAUACUCUGACUGGCCAGGCCAUGCAGUCAGUAGAUACAGGCAGUCAGGUUGCCAAGUUGACCGGACACAGUUUUAGAGUUCUUUACCUAGCAAUGUCUCCUGAUGGAGAAGCAAUAGUUACCGGUGCAGGAGACGAAACUCUUAGAUUCUGGAAUGUUUUCAGCAAAGCCAGAAGUCAAAAGGAAUGUAAGUCUGCACUCAACCUCUUCACUAGUAUACGCUAAGAUUGGAGGUUGUCCUGUUCAUAUGAGGAGGCCAUUUUGUGCAUACGAGGAGGCCAUCUUGUUCAUGCGAGGAGGUCAUCUUGUUUAUACCAGAAGGCCAUCUUGUUCAUACGAGGAGGCCAUCUUGUUCAUACGAGGGGCCAUCUUGUUCAUACGAGGAGGCCAUCUUGUUCAUACGAGGAGGCCAUCUUGUUCAUACGAGGAGGCCAUCUUGUUCAUACGAAGAGGCCAUUUUGUUCAUACGAGGAGGCCAUCUUGUUCAUACGAGGAGGCCAUCUUGUACAUACGAGGAGGCCAUAUAGUUCAUACAAGGAGGCCAUCUUGUUCAUGCGAGGAGGCCAUCUUUUUCAUGCGAGGAGGCCAUCUUGUUCAUAUGAGGGUGCCAUCUUGUACAUACGAGGAGGCCAUCUUGUACAUACAAGGAGGCCAUCUUGUUCAUGCUAAAGGACAAUUUUUCCCACCUCCAACACCUAUUAUAUAUUUAUGUAAAUGUCAGCUAGUCGAAUUCAAGAUUUAAAAAUUUAUUUAAAAUUUUCUCUGAUAGACUGGAACUAAAAUUUAAUUCAGAUCUUUGAAUGAAACUAAGCGAGAUUUUGAUUCAGAUGAAGGCAAUAAUUGGAGUUUUUUUAUUUUCGUAAUUUCUCAAUAAAUUUACCAAAUUGCAAAAGGAAUCCGGAAUUCUCGUUUAUAUGGCUAAAAAGUUGUAAAAUUGUCUCCAGAUCUGACUACUAUGUCGUUCUCCAAUUGUUGGGCCCUGAAAUCGAUACCAAUUAUAGUUUGGGCCCUAAACCCUACUUUUAAAAAAAUGGAAUUUUUCUGCAAAAUAUUUUUUUUUAGUUUUUUGUGCCUUCGUUUACGUUUUGUUAUUGUCAGGCUUAGUUUCCAGUUGUUGAAGGUUACAUUUCUAGUAUAUUCUUACAAUAUAUAAAUGUAAAUAAAUAGAUUUCAUUUA